CACUGCCGCAUCGUCGUUCCCUAUGCCGAGUCAGAGUACGGCGACGACCCGGACCAGCUCGACUUUCCACUUAUGCCCGUCCACGCUUUCACGCCGAUCAUAGGCACCCUCCUCCUCGCACAUAACGCCGCAGUGGGCGCGGCCACCCGGUUCGCCGUCAUCGACAUUUUGCGACAGAUUCGGGACGCAGAUGCGGACCCUGAUUCUCAGUCGUCAAACGAGACUGCGUUCGGUCCUGACGAGCGAAUGUUGUUAAAGCAGGAGAUACUGCAGCAGAUCGUCAUUGGCAUCGGUCGUCUUGAUCUUGUGGAGGAGGGUGACGGAUAUGACCUGCCUGCUGAUGAUCCCCCGUCGACUUCUGUCGUUGGCCCUUCUGCUGAUUCUCCUCGUCCGGAGCAGGCCAGCUCUGAACGUUCUUCGACACCGUCGCUGCCUGAGCUUUCUAGACACGAUACACCAUCGUCCACGGACUCUGUGAAGACACCUGAGCUGGUCUCGCCUGAGGGAGAGUCGUCGUACCCAAGGAUCCAAGCCCAAAUAUCCGACGUCGCUCUAGACGAUCCCAGUCGUAUCUCGAGCGACGCCCCAAUAUCUGGGAACUCAAUAUCCUCAGAAACAGAGUCCAAGACACUCGUCACGGCAACGAGCGACGACUCGGCAGGGAAUUCGUCGACGGAGGUCGGAGCGACGGAUGAUUCGGACGGGGUGGAGGCUGCUCUGGGCAGGCUUAGCAGUAUGAGCUUGAUGGCUGCGGUGUCCGCUGGCGGAUACUUGGAAGACGAUAAUGAUGAUACAAAAUCCGCGUUCGUCGCGGAGGUCGAACGCGUGAGCCAGGAUAAUGUGUAUUGGGUGCGAAAGGAGGCGUCGUACGCCCUGGGAGCGUUGGCAAAAGUCGUCCCGGUCGAGAUUGUGAUGAUGACCCUGAUCCCGUUGUUCGAGUCGCUAUGCACCGACUCUGUGUGGCACGUCCGCCACUCUGCGCUCUUCGCCCUCCCAGCCAUUCUCCCCCGCCUGACCGCAUCCCAUCGACGCUCUUUCGCACUCAGCACGCUCAGCGCACUCUCCAACGAUACCUCCGACUCCGUGCGCCUCCGCGUCCUCGAAUCCCUCGGCGAAGUCCUUUACACUUUCCGCGACGACCCAGGCGGCCCACCGCCGGAGCUCUUACGACUCUUCUUGGGCAAGGACCAGCAGGACCCACAGCAACAACAGCAGCAGCAACUGCACCAAAAAACACCGGUCCCCGCAAGACCGACGAUUCCGCUCAAAUGGCCGGACCGGCCGCCUGGGAAGUACACCCCGAUACUGAACAGCGACGACUCGCUCCCAAAGACGCCCACUCCAAAAGCGACGCCGUUCUCGGAAGAGGACGUGUUCUUCGAGGACCCGUCUCGGCCUCUGAUCAUCGCGUUUAAUUAUCCGGCUCUGGCGCUCACGUUGGGACGGGAACGCUGGGGCGAGAUCAGGGGGCUUUAUUUGAGGCUGGCGGAGUCGGCGAGUCCGAAGGUGAGGAGGACGUUGACGGCUUCGGCGGGGGAGAUGGCGAGGAUUGUGGGGGGGGAGGUGGCCCUUAGGGAUGUGCUUCCGGUGUGGGUUGAGGCGGUGAGGAGGGGGGAGCGGGAGACGAGGAUGAAGGCGGCGGAGUCGAUGAGGGCGUUGGUGGGUGCGUUGUCGGCAGAGGGAGGGAAGAGGGCGGAGGUGGUGGGCGUUGUGGAGGAGUGUUGGGGGAAGAGUUUGAGUGGAUGGAAGGAGAGGGAGGCGUUUGUGAGGGUGUUGGGGGAGUUGGUUGGGGGUGAGGAGGGGGUGGGAAGGGAGGGGUGGGCGGUUGUGAGGAGGUUGGUGAGGAGGGCUUUGGAGGAUGAUGUGGCUGCGGUGAGGGAGGCUGGGAUCGCCGUGGUUCCGCAGAUGUACAGAGCUUUUGCGGGCGACAGGCGAGAGAUGGAUAACCUCACGGCUGAUAUAUGCUCUCUAGCUGAGGCUAGCGUGUUUCGACGGCGCAUGGUAUUCGUCUACGUCUAUCAAACCCUCACAUCCUCAGACGACGGCCGCUGGGUGCUCACGGACGAGUCAUACACGCUGGCGCUCGGGAGAUUGGUCGAGGAUCGGAUUGUGGAUGUGAGGAUUGGGCUUGCGAGGCUUGUUGGUGGACUUUGUCGGCAGACGACAUCACUGCUACCACCGCAAACUCCAGCACCGCAACAUUCGAUAUCGGCAGCGAAAUCACCUAUAAUACCAGCAGAAGCACAACCACCGGCGCCGAUGCAUGUUCGACGACUUGCGGAAAGGCUGCAGAAGGACGAGUCGAGGGAGGUUAGGUCGUUUGUCCCUGAAUGGUCGUUCGCUCCUUUCCAUCCAGAUUCUACGACCGAUUCCGAUUCCAAGGCUGGACUAGCACCGCCAGUCACGCCAGCACCUUCUACUUCCGAUUCCAAGACGCCAGCUGCUACUCCCGAUGCGAAGGCGCAAGCACGGCCAGCUCUCAUGAAGAAGACGUCGUCUUUGAGUGGGGAUGGCUUCGUUUUUGCGACGUUUUCGAAGCCGCCGCCGACACCUCUGUUUCCGGUCCCUGUUCAGGAGUUUGAGGAGGGUGGUGUUGAGGAUAAGACCAACGUCGAUCUCCCGGCGACAGCGACGGUGCCGAUUGCUAUUGCUGUACGGGACCGGUGAGGCUUGCUUGGGAGUCUGUGUUGGUGUUGGAGGGGUGCGCUGGCGGGGUUCGGACCGUCCUUUACUCGGUGGAACGGGGAUUGUGCAUACCAUCAAGAAAAGGGGAUUUUCCCGGUACGGUCCUUCUCCAAACAUCAAGGAUCAACGCUUCAAUCUCGAACGUCUCGCCGCUGGGUUUGGAUUUUCUCUCCCGUUUGUUUGCAUGCCUGUGUGUCCGAACCGCCCGGGCCCGCACUCGUUCUUCUCCCUCCAUGCCGCUGCCUCCAACAUACGUCCAUGUCGCUCCCGCUUCACCAAUCACCAUAUCACCAUAUCAUACCCAGCACCACGCAUCAUCACGCUUCAAGGCCUCAUCAUGCAUCUAGGCAUGCAUCGUUGGGGAAUGGUUGAUCCGUGACGCGUUGAUUCGUGACAUCGACACGCAUCUAUUUCUCGGUCGAUUCUGCCCGCUGGUGUUGGUCGGUCGAUGAUGCAUCAUACAGAUGGGCAAUGUCAUUGAUGAGGCGCGCCAAGUCCGUCCGUCUGUCCCAUCUUUGCUUCGCCUUCCUUCCCUUCGAUUCGCAUUGGACAGCCUCGAGCCGCACUUUGGAGUGAGACAGAGAGAAUAGAGGAGAGGG